AUGCUCUUUGCUACAUGCAACAAACGUCUUCGAGAAGAUGUCGAUGAACCCGAACCAAUACGACGACGCCUGAUCACCAAAAAUACAAUCCAUGACAUGACCCUCAAGAGCUAUAUGCAACACAACGACAGCUUUGCCGACUUGAGUAUAUCCAAAUUGUUGAAUCAUGCAAGGCAUCUUGUGUUGUUUUGUUAUAGAAACGACUUUACACCACAAGCGAUUCAAGACAUAACCGAUAUCCAAAACUAUGCGGCACAAUUCCUUGCUCUUGAAGCUGUGCCACUCGCAUUAUCCACAGAUACCACCAUGACCCAUCGUGCCUUUGCACGAUUAUUACCACAACCCCUUGGUUUUCCCCUUGUCUCAGACAAUGUACGAUUGUUUUGUAACCAUCUCGGCACCUUGGACAAAGAACAUGGAUGCUCUAAAAGGGCCAUUUUCAUUAUCAAUCCAGACAAAGAAAUUGUUUAUUGUCGGCUUUAUGAUGACACGACUCCUUUUCAUAUUGACCCUUUGAUUCAACACAUAUCCUGA